AUGCCCAUCAAAUUUGGCGGGGGUCUGUAUGAAUGGAAGAGCGGAGCAAUUAUCGCUCUCUUUCUGUCCGCUGGAGUACUUUGGAUUGCUUUUAGCGUGCAACAGACCCUGUUGCUCUUCACCUCAGUGACGGACCGGAUGUUCCCCUCCUAUAUUUACGGCUUCAAAGCCCUCCUUGGUCUAGGCGGCGGUUCCUUCGCCCAGGCCGGCUAUACGGUGAUUCAAACGGUCGUUCCACCAGAAGACUUGGGGCUAGCCAUCAUACCAAAAUCUUCCUCGAACUCUGCCAUCCUCAAAGAUAACGGUAGAUUCUCUAGCGCGGUAUUAGUUUCGUAA